CGCGCCCCCACUAUAAAAGGCGUAUCCCUGCGGCGGGGAGGGCGCAGUGAGCGGCGCGGCGGCUGAGGAGCGGCUCGAGGCAGCACCACAGCGGAAAGGCUUCGGCGCGCAGCGCUACCGGCACCGGCGCUUCCUUCUCUUCCUACCGGUGAGUGAGGAAAAAUGGCCCGUACAAAGCAGACCGCCCGCAAGUCCACUGGGGGGAAGGCGCCGCGCAAGCAGCUGGCCACGAAGGCGGCCCGGAAAAGCGCCCCCUCUACCGGCGGCGUCAAGAAGCCUCACCGCUACAGGCCGGGAACCGUGGCGCUCCGUGAGAUCCGUCGUUACCAGAAAUCCACGGAGCUGCUGAUCCGCAAGCUGCCCUUCCAGCGGCUGGUCAGGGAGAUCGCCCAAGACUUCAAAACAGACUUGAGGUUCCAGAGCGCGGCCAUCGGCGCCCUGCAGGAGGCCAGCGAGGCGUAUCUGGUGGGUCUGUUUGAAGACACAAACCUGUGUGCUAUCCAUGCCAAGAGAGUCACCAUCAUGCCCAAAGAUAUCCAGUUGGCUCGCAGGAUACGGGGAGAGAGGGCUUAAGUGAAGGCUGUUUUUAUGGUGUUUUGUAGUUAAUUCUGUAAAAUACUUUGGUUUUAAUUUGUGACUUUUUUUGUAAGAAAUUGUUUAUAAUAUGUUGCAUUUGUACUUAAGUCAUUCCAUCUUUCACUCAGGAUGAAUGCUAAAAGUGACUGUUCACAUAAACCUCAGUGAUGUUGAGCCUCGGGCUCGGGAGUGACAAGUUGCUAAUAUGCAGAAGGGAUGGGUGUUCUUUCUUGCUUCUCAUGCAUGUUUCUGUAUGUUAAUGACUUGUUGGGUAGAUAAACUUGUAAGGUACUAGAAUUGAUAUAAAUGUGUACAGGGUCCUUUUGCAAUAAAACUGGUUAUGACUUGAUCCAAGUGUUUAACAAUUGGGGCUGUUAGUCUGACCAUGCAUCACUGUGAUCAAAUGUGGACUUCCUUCAGAGGGUGAAACUACAAGUCUUAACCACAGUGUAACUUACAGUUUCCUAAAAAAACGUAAACCUGGCAGCUAUAGAAUACACUAUGUGCAUUUAUAAUAGCUAUUUUAUAUAUUGUAGUGUCAACAUUUUUAAAUUAAAUGUUUUACAUUCACA